CGGGUGGAGGUUCGAGGUGGGGGGAGACCAGAGCGGCUGGAGGGGCGCGCGGGGGCGCGGGGUCCCGCCGGGGAGCGCGCACGGAGCGGCGCCUCGGCCGCCCUGCUUCCUGGAGCUGUGCUCCUUUGACCCCAGUGGCAGUCCCUGUCACUGCACCGCUCGCGCUCCCUCCGGCUCGCCGCGCCCUCGCUCCCGCUCCUCGGGCCCCCUCGCUCGGUCUCUCCCCAGAUCGAGGCUGCUCCCGGCCUCCCCCCGCCCCCCGCGCCCUCCGCCUCCCCCUCGCCCCCCGCCCCAGCCCGCCGCGAGACCUCCAGGGUCGAAGGUUCUGGCCCGCCGGCGCCCCUCGCCGCCCCCGCACGCCCCCCGCGCGCCUCCAGCCGGCUCGGGCCGCUGGGCGAUGGAUCGCCGGCUCGUCGGGCGCUGAAGGCAUCCCCGGGAUCCGGAGCGCAGCCCGGGCAAGACGCACACAGCUGUAUUGAUGAGUAGAUCCUUGGGUUCAGAGGCUGGCUGAAACGCACCAUGCCUGCUUCCAUCCUUUGCUCUGGAAAGUGGUGAAUGGCUCAUGCCUAGAGGAAGGAAGGAUGGCACAUGGGAUCCCUUCUCAAGGCAAAGUGACCAUAACGGUGGACGAAUACAGCUCAAAUCCCACCCAGGCCUUCACACACUACAACAUCAACCAGAGCAGAUUCCAGCCACCACACGUGCAUAUGGUCGACCCCAUCCCAUAUGACACUCCAAAACCAGCGGGCCACACGCGGUUUGUCUGCAUCUCAGACACACACUCCAGAACAGAUGGUAUCCAGAUGCCUUAUGGGGACAUCCUUCUCCACACAGGCGAUUUCACCGAGCUGGGACUGCCCUCAGAGGUUAAGAAGUUUAAUGACUGGUUAGGAAACCUGCCAUAUGAAUACAAAAUAGUGAUUGCUGGGAAUCAUGAACUGACAUUUGAUAAGGAAUUCAUGGCAGACCUUGUCAAACAGGACUACUACCGUUUCCCCUCUGUGUCCAAAUUGAAACCAGAGGACUUUGACAACGUUCAGUCUCUCCUGACGAACAGUAUUUACUUGCAAGACUCGGAAGUAACGGUGAAGGGAUUCAGGAUAUACGGUGCACCUUGGACCCCGUGGUUUAAUGGAUGGGGCUUUAACCUACCCAGAGGUCAAUCUCUGCUGGACAAGUGGAACCUCAUCCCUGAGGGCAUCGACAUACUCAUGACACACGGACCUCCUCUAGGUUUUCGAGACUGGGUUCCAAAGGAGCUUCAGAGAGUGGGCUGUGUGGAGCUUUUAAACACAGUCCAGAGGCGCGUCCGGCCCAAGCUCCAUGUCUUUGGUGGGAUCCAUGAAGGUUACGGCAUCAUGACCGAUGGUUACACAACAUACAUCAAUGCCUCGACGUGUACAGUCAGUUUUCAGCCCACCAACCCUCCAAUUAUAUUUGACCUUCCAAACCCACAGGGUUCCUGAAGCUCUAAUCGCCCAAUUGGAAUGUGAGGGAAGGUCUUUAAACUGCCAUUUUUUCUAAUUAUAAACUUACAUUCUCUUGUUCCUCUCCGAAUCCUGUGAGUUCUUUUUGUAAAUUGCUGGAACACGGAUGAUGCUAGAGGUUGUGCUUCUUUAUUUUAAUCUUUUUUUUUUUUUUUUGAAAUGGGGCAUCCAUUUGAAAUCAAAGGAGCAUUGUGCAUUUGUAAAAUGAGUUGUUUUCUCAAAGGCCACGCCAUUGUAAAUUGUUAGUGUUCGCCAAAGGACAGCCAAGCUUUCUUUUUAAAAAGGUGAUAAAAAAAAAUCUUAUUUUAAUAUGCUUUAAGCUAGAUAAAAAAGAGAUAGAGGUAGGCAGUUUUUUUUUUUAAGGAUUUGCACAACUGUUUAAAGAGUAUUGCUUGAAGUAUUUUAUUUUUUGAUGUGUUGUUGAUGUUUUUGGCAAUGGGUUUUGGUUUUGGUUUUUGGGGUUUUGUUUUUUGUUUUUUGUUUUUUUUUUUUUCAGAUGUGGCCCUGAUUGAUAGCAAUUUUCUCAAUAAAAAUAGGCCUGGAAAAGACUCCUUCACACUCUCACUCUAAGGAAGGCCGUUCCAAGGGCAGAAAAUGGCCCUCAUUUUAAAGGAUGGCUUAGCUAGUGAGAUCCAUAGUGUGAUUAGAUGAGGUCUCGUUGAUUGUUUCUUUUAAAUUAUUUUAGCUUUAAAAAUAUGAAAAUGGAAUCUGUGUCAAUAGCAGGUAUUUCAUGCAGUUUAAAAAGAAGCGUGCAAACUCCUUUUCAAUAUGGGUUUAUGCAUAUGAAUUUUUUUGUGUGUGUUAUGAUUAAGUUGGGGGUGUGAUUUUGCCAACACAGUCCAACUGCAAAGGGAUGCUUUAGCACGGGGCAUCAGAAGUCUGAAGGAACUGUCGCAUUUUCUCAGUGCUCAAGGUCUCAAAGAACUUGAGUCCCAUCAAGGUACCAUUACAGACGUGUAUAGACGUAAAUGGAUGCAAUGGAAGCUAACUAAAAUAAGGCUUAGUUGUCCUUUAUAUUUAAAUACCCUGAAUUGUCUUCUUCCUCCUUUUCCUCCCCCCAUUUUGCACUGUGUGUCGAUGCAAUCUUCGCUAGCACAAAUUAUUGUCGCUAAUAGUCCUUUCUGUUUUCCCAUUGUAAAUGCUGUUGAGCUUUAUUCUAUUUUAUGUUAUCUUGUUAACGAAAUUUAGGAAAGCAGUUGUUUCUUUAAAUUUAUUGUGAUAUUCUAUAUCUAGCGGCCUUUAUAUGCAAAUAAAAUUGCAAGAUUUUUAAAUUCGUGCUGUUUGAAA